CGUAGUUUCAUCAUGACGUCAAUUGAGUAACCCGGAAGAGGUUUUCAUGGGGUCAGAUCCAUUUUCGUAGCUAGCUGGUGAAUUUUUGAAAUACAUAUUUUUAUAUAAUUCAGUGGUAUGUGUGGGAUCGUUAAAAAGUCGUUAUAUUAGUGUUUCGUUAAACGUCAUCAUUUAUCCCUCUCUUUAGCCAGACAUUUGCCUUGUUAACUUAGGUGCUGACGUAAGUAGCUGCUAGCUAGGUUAGCUGUAACUUGCUAGUAAGUUAGCUGUCAGCCAGUCUUUGUUUUUGUUCGGUUUUUCCGUCGAGAAGAAUCGUCAUUCUUUCAUAACACAUGAGUGUAUCACUGGUCGUUAUCCGUCUGGAGCUCGCAGACCAGUCUCUCUCUCCACAGGAUUUCCAAUACACCGCCGGUAAGUUUAAUCUUUUCAGUUUGAUGACCGACGUCACCAACUUGCUAGAUACUAACAUCAGCUAGUUAGCUAGCUACUGUUAAUGAGCUAGUCCACAGUGACAUGUGGUGUUUGUUUUUGCACUCUUCCUUACAGGAGCAUGAGGACUAGCUAGCUAGCUAACUAGGCUAAAACAUGUAAUAUUCUGAGCCUCAGCAUCAGAGUAAGUUACUCUCCCCUCUAAGCAGCAGAAACCUGCUCAGGUUACGUUUUCUGGAACAUAUUUGGCUCAGAGUAACUAGAGUGACUCAGCAAUUAUGGAAAAUUAUCUACACACACACACUGUUUUGGAUGAAGAUAAUAGGUGUUGUAUUGUUCCAGAAGUUGAUGCUUUGUGUUUGCCUUGUCUCCCUCUUUCUACCUGUCCCCCUCUCUGCCCCUGUAGCUGAGGAUAUGUCCGAGGAGGAUUUGCAGGAGAAAGCUCUGGGCUCAGCCAGGCUUUCUCUGAGUGGGAAGACCGAGCUGGAGAGAGCAGCAGUCCUACACCAGCAUAUCGGCAGCAGAGCCAUGGGAGACAUGGUCAUCGAGACCUUCGCACCCAACCCUGGUAAAAAUCAGGGUGUAGCUAUAUGGAUUACAUAUUCAAUGAAUGCAAUUCUGUACACUAACCAAUGUAUUAUUGUUUGUUGGGGUUUAAUUAAUUCUGUAAUAAAUGCUGAGUGUGUUUAUAAGGGGUUGGAUGUGUUAUGACAUUCUGAGAUUAAAUAAUGACUGACUAAAGAAAAUGCACCUGUGAGUGUCUGUCAGACUUCAUAGGAAUAGAAAUCUCUAGUUAAACCUCCAUCUCUCCUCUGUAGAUAAAGGAAAGGUUGAGCAGACUGGGGCAGAGAGAGAGGAGGGUGGAGGAGCCCGACCUCUAGAGAAUCAACCAGACGGGAGGGACCCUACUGAGGGCACUACAAAUGAGGGCACUACAGAGGGCAGUGCCGAUGGCACAGAGAUGGCUCCAGACUCGCCCUCGAAGCAGCUUCCAGACCAGAUCUCCUUCUUCAGUGGAAACCCCUCAGUGGAGAUAGUCCACGGCAUCAUGCACCUCUACAAGACCAAGUGAGUCUCUACUGCUAUACGCAACACUCAGUCUAAACCCCUUGGCUUUAUAUUUCAAUAACAUUUCAGUCAUUUAGUAGACUAGCUCAGUUGGUAGAACAUGGUGCUUGCAACGCCAGGGUAGUGGGUUCGAUUCCCGGAACCACCCAUACGUAAAAUCUAUGCACGCAUGACUAAGUCGAUAAAAGUGUCUGCUAAAUGGCAUAUAUAGUACCAGACCCGUCGCCAGACCUCGGUCUUAUUGGGGACAUAUGAAAUGCAUGGGAGGGCAGGGCACAAUUAUUAUUAGCCUACAGUACAUAUAUUUAAUAAUACAUUCCCUCAAGUGGGGGGGGGGGGGGGGGGGGGGGGGGCACAAGCAUUUUUGGGGGCGGGCCCGGCCCCCUAUGGCCCGCCCAUAGCGACGGGUGUGUAUAGUACCAAUCAAAAGUUUGGACACACCUACUCAUUCAAGGAUUUUUCUUUAUUUUUACUAUUUUCUACAUUGUAGAAUAAUAGUGAAGACAUCAAAACUAUGAAAUAACACAUAUGGAAUCAUGUAGUAACCAAAAAUGUGUUAAACAAAUCAAAAUAUUUUAUAUUUGAGGUUCUUCAAAAUAGCCACCCUUUACCUUGAUGACAGCUUUGCACACUCUUGGCAUUCUCUCAACCAGCUUCAUGAGGAAUGCUUUUCCAACAGUCUUGAAGAAGUUCCCACAUAUGCUGAGCACUCGUUGGCUGCUUUUCCGUCACUGCACAGUCCAACUCAUCCAACCCAUCUUAAUUGGGUUGAGGUCGGGGGAUUGUGGAGGCCAGGCCAUCUGAUGCAGCACUCCAUCACUCUCCUUGGUCAAAUAGCCCUUACACAGCUUGGAGGUGUGUUGGGUCAUUGUCCUGUUGAAAAACAAAUGAUAGUCCCACUAAGCCCAAACCAGGUGGGAUGGCGUAUUGCUGCAAAAUGCUGUGGUAGCCAUGCUGGUUAAGUGUGCCUUGAAUUCUAAAUAAAUCAGACAGUGUCACCAGCAAAGCACCCCCACACCAUAACACCUCCUCCUCCAUGAUUUACGGUGGGAACUACACAUGCAGAGAUCAUCCAUUCACCCACACCGUGUCUCACAAAGACACAGCGGUUGGAACCAAAAAUCUCAAAUUUGGACAGAUUUCCACCGGUCUAAUGUCUAUUGCUCGUGAUUCUUGGCCCAAGCAAGUCUCUUCCUCUUAUUGGUGUCCAUUAGUAGUGGUUUCUUUGCAGCAAUUUCGAACAUGAAGGCCUGAUUCAGUCUCCUCUGAACAGUUGUUGAGAUGUGUCUGUUACUUAUUGCCUUACCUCCAUAACUUACUACAUUCGCACACACUGUAUAUAUAUUUUAUGUUGUAUUUUUGACUUUAUGUUUUGUUUACCCCAUAUGUAACUCUGUGUUGUUGUUUUUAUCACACUGCUUUGCUAUAUCUUGGCCAGGUCGCAGUUGUAAAUGAGAACUUGUUCUCAACUGGCUUACCUGGUUAAAUACAAAAAUAAAACUUGAACUCUGUGAAGCAUUUAUUUGGGCUGCAAUUUCUGAGGCUGGUAAUGAACUUAUCGUCUGCAGCAGAGGUAACUCUGGGUCUUCCGUUCCUGUGGCGUUCCUCAUGAGAGCCUGUUUCAUCAUAGCGCUUGAUGGGUUUUGUGACUGCACUUUCAGUUCUUAAUGUUCCGGCUUCUUCACCUGUGGGAUUGUUUGAGACCAGCCAGCCGGACAGCUGAUUAAACUGUGGGUUUCCACAACCAAAGAAUUUCUGCACAAACUGUCAGAAACCGUCUCAUGGAAGCUGAUCUGCGUGCUUGUCGUCCUCACCAGGGUCUUGAACUGACUGCAGUUCGGCGUGUCGUAACCGACUCAAAUGGGCAAAUGCUCCCCUUCGAUGGCCAUUGGCACGCUGGAGAAGUGUGCUCUUCAAGGAUGAAUCCCGGUUUCAACUGUACUGGGCAGAUGGCAGACAGCGUGCGUGUAUGGCGUUGUGUGGGUGAGCAGUUUGCUGAGUGCCCCAUGGUGGCGGUGGGGUAUGGGCAGGCAUAAGCUACAAACAACAAACACAUUGUAUUUUAUCGAUGGCAAUUGGAAUGCACAGAGAUACCUAGAUGAGAUCCUGAGGCCCAUUGUCGUGCCAUUCAUCCACCGCCAUCACCUCAUGUUUCAGCAUGAUAAUGCACGGUCCCAUGUUGCAAGGAUCUGUACACAAUUCCUGGAAGCUGAAAAAUGUCCCAAUUAUUCCAUGGCCUGCAUACUCACCAGACAUGUCACCCGUUGAGCAUGUUUGGGAUGCUCUGGACCGCCAAUAUCCAGCAACUUCACACAGCCAUUGAAGAGGGGUGGGACAACAUUCCACAGGCCACAAUCAACAGCCUGAUCAACUCUAUGUGAAGGAGAUGUGCCGCGCUGCAUGAGGCAAAUGGUGGUCACACCAGAUACUGACUGGUUUUCUGAUCCACGCCCCUACUUAAAAAAAAAAAAAGUUAUCUGUGACCAACAAAUGCAUAUCUGUAUUCCCAGUCAUGUGAAAUCCAUAGAUUAGAGCCUAAUGAAUUUACUUAAAUUGACUGAUUUUCUUAUAUUAACUGUCAGUAAAAUCUUUGAAUUUGUUGAAUGUUGCGUUUAUAUUUUUGUUCAGUGUACAUACAUACAGUCUAUCCUUAGUAACUACAGUACACCAAAGAUAUUAUAGUUUAUUGACAAGAUAUCUCACUGGCAUUGAGACAAUUUGGUUUCCCCUGUCUGUCCCGUCGCAGCAAGAUGACAUCACUGACUGAGGACGUGCGUCGGAGUGCCAUGCUGUGUAUCCUGACCGUCCCCUCCACCAUGACCAGCCACGACCUCAUGAAGUUUGUGGCACCUUUUUAUGAUGUCAUGGAGCACAUGAAGAUCAUACGAGACUCCACCCCUAACCAGUAUAUGGUGCUGAUUAAGUUCAGUAGCCAGGUGAGAUGAGUAAGGUCAUAGAACACUGCUUUUGUUGUAUUUUAAGGUAUGCUUAUAAACUGUGUAAUUAUUUUCUCGGUCUCUCUCUCACUUUCUCUCUACCCCCCCCUCCCCUUCAGGCUGAUGCAGAUAGUUUCUACACAGCGUGUAAUGGCCGUACGUUCAACUCCAUAGAGGAUGCAGUCUGCCAGCUGGUCUAUGUGGAGAGAGCCGAGGUCAUGAAGUCUGAGCAGGUGCAGUAUGUACACUAGUACCUCUGAAGACUGUCUUAGCAGUGCACCUGCAGGACAUAGAUUAUAAUAAUAUUUCUCUCGCUCCCUCCCUCCCACCCCAAGGGCGCCAGUCUUCCAGUGAUGGAGCUGACAGAGCUUCCUAAGUGUACCGUGUGUCUGGAGAGGAUGGACGAGUCAGUGAAUGGGGUUCUCACUACACUCUGUAACCACAGCUUCCACAGCCUGUGUCUGCAACGCUGGGAGGACGCCUCGUGAGUGUAUAUACUAGCACAUUCAACUCACAACUAGGGCCGGGACGAUACCACUAUUGCAAUGUUUUUUCCAUGGCAAAAAUGAAAACACGAAGCAGACCUCACUCUUUGGUCCUUUAAAAACCUGCUGUAUGUAAAAAAUGGUGUGCUAUAGCUUGGAAAAUAAAUAAAUGUGACUCAAACAUAAUGAUGUUUGUUUCCAACAUUAGGGCUGUUUUCGUGUUUUGUUUCCAUGCCAGGAGGAUACUAACGAGUAUGGCGAUACUGGUAUCGUCCCGGCCCUACUCUUUACAUGGCCCUGUCUUUCUUUCUCCAUCCUUCCUCUCUCUGGCCAGUGAAUGACCGUCAUGUGCUGCUGUUUUAUCCCAGUGUUUUGGAUGAGUUCUUUUGUGACACAUUUGAACAAUAUGCCAUUGGGUUUUAGCAUGGGGACAAAAAAAGUGGUAGCUGGUAGUUUUGAUGUGUGUGUGUAAAGGUGUUGACUGUUCUAUUCCAGGUGUCCUGUGUGUCGGUACUGCCAGACCCCAGAGCCUGUAGAGGAGAACAAGUGCUUUGAAUGUGGAGUACAGGAGGUAAACACAUUAUUUACACACUAAAACUACAUACAUUUGCAUAUCUCUACAGGUACUCCUGUCAUUUACAGUUGCUAUUGGUAUAAAAAUGAGCACAGCUGAUGUUUUCCUUCCUAUGCCCCUCCCCCUCCAGAACCUGUGGAUCUGUCUGAUCUGUGGUCAUAUCGGCUGUGGUCGCUACGUCAGUCGUCAUGCCUACAAACACUUUGAAGAGACGCAACACACUUAUGCCAUGCAGCUCACUAACCACCGUGUCUGGGACUAUGCUGGAGGUACAGCAGACUGUAGAGUUCAGGCUUCUGUCUGUAUAUUUAAACUCCAGUGUAUAUAAAACACUGUGUGUAGCACUGCGAAGGUGCUUAACUGAUUGUGUGUGCGUGCGUCUGUAUUGUAGAUAACUAUGUUCACAGGCUGGUGGCCAGUAAGACUGAUGGGAAGAUGGUUCAGUAUGGGUGUGAAGGAGAAACCUGCCAUGAGGAAAAGAUAGACGCACUGCAAUUAGAGGUGUGUUUUUGGUUUUACUAUCCUUGUGGGGACUAGAAGUCCUCACAAGGAUGACAAUUCAGACAAGUGGGGACAUUUCGCCGGUCCCCACAAGGAACAAGGCUAUUUUAAGCUUAGGGCUAGAAUUAGGGGUUAGGUCAAGGGUUCCCAAACUUUUUUGGUCCACGACCCCAUUUUGAUAUCAAAAAAUUCUCACGACCCCAACCAUGUGAAAAAAAUUAGGUAAUUAACAGCCAAUGUUUACUUUAUUUGGGGCUAUGGCAGUCAAUUGAAAAACAUUACAACAGUAUUUCUGAUUUGUCUUCUCAACUCACCAUCCCAUACUAAUGAGAUGGGUGUGCUUGAUGUAUGUUGCGUCAGAGCUUUUGAAAGUCAGGGGGUGUGGUCGAAAGUGCGCACCUAAUCUCUGCUCACAUCCAACCUGGAUCGAUAUUUGGUUUUAAUGCAGACGAGCACUGAAUCCAGCUUCACACAGAUAUGAGCUGGCGAAGGGUACCAUGAGUUUUAAUGCUCAGAGGUAGGGCUGUGGCAGUCAUAGCCACGCAUAGCCAACAAGCCAUUAAUGCAGACCUUUGGAACGUCUAAAUUUAAAAAAGUCUAAUAAAUCCAUUUAAUAUAGCCUACACUAUCACAAUAAAUCCAUUGUUUAUUUUAGACAGGUCUAAAGAAACAUGAUAUGAAGAAAGUAUAGUCUAUUUCAGAAGAACAGAAUAACAUACUCUGAGUUGUCCUCUGAGGGGCCCCGUGUAGCUCAGUUGGUAGAGCAUGGCACUUGCAACGCCAGGGUUGUGGGUUCGUUUCCCACGGGGGGCCAGUUUGAAAAGAAAAAAUGUAUGCACUCACUAACUGUAAGUCGCUCUGGAUAAGAGUGUCGGCUAAAUUACUAGAAUGUAAAAAAAGUAAAUGUUAGGCCCUGAUCUGGCUAUGCCAUAUGGCUGUGGGCUACACUAGUUCAUUUAGCAGACAAGAUUUGCUUAGAAUUCCGUGGCAUUAUUUUAUAUUAUUUUAUAGUAUAAAGAAUACAAUUGAACAUAGCUGAAUAAAAUAGAAAGGAUGUUUUCUCCAAACGAUUUCCAAGGAAGUGUACACAUGCGGCUAUUCUGUGUUGAGCGGUUAACAAAUAAACAGGUCCUCCUAUAUGCUUCAUUUAGAGUUAUUUAUGCAACUUUAGUUGUGAUUCAAACGUUGGGCUAUAUGUUUUGAGGCUGCAUGAUGCGACUCUAAUGAUGAUUUUUUAAAAGUUGCAUGAAAGGCAUGAGCUCUGCUUUGUUUCUUGUGCAGGCUGCACACACUUCAUCAUUCUCUCAUUCACAAUUUGACAAGCUCUUGAUAAUAUUCUCACCAAGCCUCAAAUUUCCUGGCGGUAGGUGUGUGGCCGUAAUGCCCCCUAAAAAAUCCAUGCCUUUUGCGGCCAAAGUGGCCAUUUUGCCCUUGGGCUGAAUAUAAUAAAUAUAAUUCUCGGCUGCCGUGCUCCGAAGCACCUCUCACUCACAUGGCUCUCUCAACUAUCUCAAUUCUUAUUAGCCAAUGCCCGUCACGUGAUCGGGUCCUUCUCACAGGCAUCUCAGCUAAGAAGUAGGCUACAAGUGAAGACAGACACAUCGGGGACGCAACUGCGCGAAUUCCGAGGCGCAUAUUGAAGAUGUUAGAAGAACUGUCCACAUUUAGCCUACUUUUCGUUAGCUAACAAGAUGAGUAGGCCUAACGAACAGCAAUACCACUAGCCUAUGUCAAUCUACUAUCCCCCAUAGUACAAAAGUUGACCUAUUCUAUUGGUCAACUUGUCAUUCUGUGCAAUAAAUAAAUAUUCCAAACAUACUCUGGGACAGUUGUGGGAUGAGAGAGAUCCCAAAUUAAUACAACCACUCGCAUCAAAAAAACGUUUUAGAGUGAUUAAGCUGAUGCAACAGAUCAGAACGUUUAGCUUACAAUGUUGUUGGUUAGGUUAAGGGUUAGGGAAAAUACGAUUUUGAAUGGGAAUACUUUUUUUGUUUCCACAAGGAUAGUAAAACAAGUUUGUGUGUGUGUGUGACACCCUAUUUUACAUUUGAAUGUAAUUAUAUCACCUUACAGUUUGAGGUGUUAUAUAAUAUGGCAAAAAAGUGUGACACCUAUUGUUAGUUAACAUGGCACACAGGUGUUACAGAAGAUUUGUCUCCCCCAGAAUGAUCUUUCCUCUUCCUGCAGUACUCUUACCUGCUAACGAGUCAACUGGAGUCCCAGCGCAUUUACUGGGAGAAUAAGAUAGUUCACCUGGAGAAGGAUACAGCGGAGGAGGUAGGAAUCGAUGCUGCAUGUCUAUCUGUCCAUUCACCUAAGUGUGUACAUGUGUUUGGAGUGUGUGUGUGUGUACGCAUCUGUCCAGCUGAAUGUCUGAUUAAUGUAUGCUUGGUGUGUGCGUACGCUCAUGCUCUGUGUGUGUUUUAGAUCAACAACAUGAAGGCCAAAUUUAAGGAGACCAUAGAUCGCUGUGAUAACCUGGAGCGUCGGCUGGGAGAGCUGGCCAAAGACAAACAGAGCAUGGACAAGAAGUAGGUGGAGCCUCUCACACUGCAGCUGUCAAUCAUCCUGACACAUUAGAAUGUUAGAAUCUGUAGAAUCUGCUUGUGGUACAUAGUCAUGCUGUACGUCAUCAUUCUACAUAUACAUAUUAGUCAUUUAGCAGACGCUCUUAUCCAGAGCGGCUUACAGUUAGUGAGUGCAUACAUUUUUCAUAGUGGCCCCCCGUGGGAAUCAAACCCACAACCCUGGCGUUACAAGCGCCAUACUCUAACAACUAUUUGUUAUUGAGAAUCUGUGUGUCUCGGUAGCACCAUCUUUCUGUGGGUGGUAGGUACAUAUUCAUGCUGUAUGUCCCCAUUCUCUCUGUCUGUGUGUGUGUGUGUCCCCCCAGGUGUGGUCAGCUGUCGACCCGUGUGACGAAGCUUGGUCAGGAGUUGAAGGAGGAACAGGAAAUGAACCGCUGUCUGCGAGCCAAUCAGGUUCAACUACAGGCCCAGCUGGCCGAGGAGGAGCGCAAGGCAAGAGAGACGGGUGAGUCAGAGGGGGAGGGAGAGACUAGAACCUAAUUCUAGGUGAGUCAGAGGGAGACUAGAGCCCUACUUUGUGGAUAUAAUCUCUAUCUGGGUGUGUAAUGGAUGACAAUAUUAUUUAAACAUCCUAUCUCCCUCCUCCAGGCGAGCGUAAGGACGGGGUGAUAGCAGAGCUCCAGGAGCAGCUGAGAGAUGUGAUGUUUUACCUGGAGACCCAGCAGCAGAUAGAAGGUCUUCCUCCAGAGACCAGGACUGAGAUACAGGAAGGACACAUCAACAUCGGCGCAGCAGCCACUCCCGCCCCAGGACCCUCCGCCAUAGGCAGAGGCCGCAGGGGGCGGUCCAAAAGGGGGAAGUAGAGGACACAACCAGGAAGUUGAGAGAGGAAGGGAAGUCGGAUGCCGGAAGUGACCCACCAAAAUGACAUUAUUAAAGUGUGUGUGAGUGCGUGAGUGUUUGCGCUUUUGUGUGAGUGCGUGCGUGUUUGCGCAUUUGUGUGUGUUUGUGCUUUGCAAAAGGACUCUGGCUCCUUAGACACUACUCAAGAGAUGAAGGGGUCAGAAGUUAGGUGUAUAUCUCUGCUUUAAGGCGCCCACUUUGCUGAAUGAAAAAAUAAUGAUUGAUUUGAAAGAGGUUUGCUCUUCUCCCUCCUUCCACACAUUUUUUUGGGUUGACCUGCUAGUUUACUUCCUCAAAGGAGGAGGAGAGAUUCAUGGGAAUAAGGAAAUGAGGAAACCGGACAGUAGUUGUCAAAAGAAAGAAAGAAAAUACCUCGCAUGUUUAAAUAUGCAGGUUUUUCCAAAUGAAAAUCAGUACAUUUUUGUAAGUACAGGUGUUACUACAGUAUAAAUGAGUUGUUUAGAAAGUGUGCUGGAUCAGUGUGAGGUUCACUACCAGCUGGUUCUCAGCACUUUUGUCAUCUGUUUUAUCAAACAUCUGAUUCUGAUCUGUUUUCACGGAUCUCAUGAAACGUCAUUACUCAGUCCUAUCGUGAGAAUGGGUUUUCUGCACUUUUUUCAUUUUUAUAAUUUUAACGCGUCAGAACUGAAGAUCAGAGAUUUAAGUCAAGUGCUGAAAUGUUUAAUUUCUCAAUUUAUGAAUGACAUGUGUCAGACCUGUAGACUUAAUAGACUGGCACAGGAUUACGUGGCUGAUGCUUUGGCAUUCCUACACAGCUGAGAUGUGCACCUGCACAAUCUAGAAUAUAUAAUACCAGGGAUUGACAUCAAGGGUUGCCCUAUUUCCUUGGGCAAGUGAAUUUAGCAGUCGCGCAAGUUGAGCCUGCACUGAGGUUUCACUAUUGGGCAGGUGAUUUUUUUGUAAAGAAAUGUUUUGUGUUAAAAUAACCAAACAGCAAAUAAUUCCAGUAGUCUAAAACGGAUCUUUCUGGUUCCUCCUGAUUGUUUAAGGAAAAGACAGAGAAUUUAUCGCAUUUAUAGUCGGGCAAAUUUAGCCAGCCGCUAAUAUUUUGAAAAUACAAAGAAUUCCAGUACUGAUCUUUCUGGUUCCUC